GGGCCAUCAUCCACCAUGGUCCUUUGAAUAACCCUUUCAUUCAAGUCUGUUGCAGCAAAUAUUCCCAAAGUCCUCACAAUGAUCACUCGAAUAUCUCGCUACUCUUAAUACACAACAUCCAUCAGAAAACAGAAGAUAACCAACACUAGAAAUGUUCGGCGAAGACGAUUCAGAAAGUCCAAGAGUCCCCAGUCCCUGGGACUCACUUAUGUCUACUCCAGCUUCGUCAUCUCCUCACACAUAUCCAGUGUUAACCUCUUCACCUCUCGCUGUAUCAACCAUACCAAAACUUGUUCCAGAGGCUGACGACGGGAAUGUGGAGUACAAACUCCAGCUUCUCAGCCCAUCACCUGCUCGUUUCGCCCGCCUCGUAACUCAGUUGAAGUGGCGUCUUCUAGAAGGAGGUGGUCAGGCUUAUUAUGAAUUAGGCGUAGCCGAUUCCGGUUCCCUUGUUGGCCUUUCUAGAGUCGACUUGGAGUGCAGUUUGGAGACACUGGAGAUGAUGGCAGGCGAGAUUGGGGCAAGCGUUAUCGUUGUGAAGGAAAUAGAGGUUCCAGCUGCGAUGGCAGAGUACGCUGCAGCUCAAGAGGAUUAUAGACAAGGGCGAAGGGAGAGGGGACUAGGCUCCGACGACGGUAAUACCACGGCAGCAGAAACCGAGAACGAACUUUCAACAACGGAUGUUGACACAGACGACGCCCAUAAGACUGACUCCAAGGCGUUUGAAAACGACUUCCUCUCUGUCUUCACGAUGGACCCCGAGCUAGAUCCUGCUGAUCAGGAAAACAUAGAGCAUGAGGCUAACCUUCCACAAUUCUACAUUGACCUCGAAAUUUCGUCGGUCUUCAAGCCGAGACCGGUUCGCACCCGAAUGACUGACGCACAUUUGACCUUUUCUGCCGAUAAUAAACGUGGGCAUCGUGGUCAAAAACCGAAGAAGGUCAGGCAUCACGGUUCAAACCAUUCUUCGUCCAUGGAUGGCCCACACCAUCAUGGAGGGGAUACUCAUGGUGAGCAAAGGCAUCACGGUAAAUCGCACAGUCGUAGAGCAGCAAGGGACCGAAGGAGAGAAGAGAAGAGAAAGACACUUCUAGCCGUGGCUUCAAAUUCAUUAGCAGUAGCUUCUGCUCAACCUUCAAAUCAGGAUACUUCUCUUGCGGAAGGACUACUUUCGGGCCUCGAAGAUUUGCAUGUAACGCAUGAGGAACCUGCUGUAGCCUUGACGUCCCCAGUCAUUGCGACAGACGAAUCAAUCCCUGUCGUUAGUUUGACUGCGCCUCUUGACCCGACAGAUAAAAUGUCCUUGGAAGCUGAAGACGACGACGUGUUUGCUUCCCCAACUCCUUCGGCACAAUACAAGGCCUUUCAAUCUACCGUUCAAACUGUGACACCUCUCACUGAGGGAACAGAGGGCUUGUUUUCGGGUGCACCUGUCGUUGGGAAAGGUGACGGUGGCACUCAUUUGAUCGUAGAAGCGCUGGUGGUGAGAAAAAUGUCUCUCGAAGAGGCAUUUUUGGAUUUUGGAGGGUUUUCUUUGACCUGACCUUUACAUCGUACAACGCCAAUGGGCAGUGGACUGUAUUCUGUUCAUGUUUAUCUCUCGCAAUUACCUUUUUCAUUUCUGGCAACUUGGGAGCGGGUUUCAGUGCUCCGUAUUUCGGUACAUCAUUGCCAUCAUCGGAUCCAUUCACUCAAGAUCCCUCUCGAAGAUAUAUAAACCGUCUCCGUUCGGUUUUAUAAUUUUCCACGAGUAACUUACUCUCGAUGCUUAACAGUGUCAAUACUGAG